AUGGUUGAUGAACGAGAAAAUUACUCAAUAAAUGGAAUAUGUCGAUUCGAAAACUUCGCUGACAGCUUCAGAAACAGUGACUUUCCCAAUUUUCCGAUUGGUUUUAUAUGCGGUUUCGAUGAAUGGCGUUUGACAUUGAAAAUAAAAGAGAUAAACGGUAACUCUUAUGUUCAUCCAUCUGUAAGAUCUUACUGGCGGAGUCAACUGCAUUCAAUCAGAGUUCGAUUUUUCAUUGCUAUUCUCGAUGGAGAUGGAUCACAAAGGCUUGUGAUGGGAAGAAGAUGUCAUUUGACUCCAAGGAAACUGCCAGCAGGAAUCUACUUGAAACUGGAAAGUCUAUUGGAUGAAGGGAAUGGAUGGUUGGAUAAUGGAGCACUGCUGCUAGCCUUCCACUCUUCAUAUCUCAAAUUGACUUGUGAAGUUGAGUGUAACACUUUCUGUCGGGAAACUGUCGAAUGUGUUCAGAUUGCAUUUGGAGUGAAAAUUCAGUCGAAAGAAUCCAAUCCAAUCGUAAUUCUUGACAUGGCGAGAGAACUUGGGUUAACGAAUGUUAUCAGAUAUUGUGAGAGAUUUCUGAUUGAGGAAAGAGAUCUGGAUAGUCUGUUAUUUGAGUUCAAAUUGGCGGCGGAUUACAAAUUGAAUCACUACUUGACUUAUUUGUUGAAAAGUUUUGGAGGGAAAAAUCAGAGGAAACUGGCCGGAAUUCUGAAGAAAAUCGGAGUAGAGAACAUGUCAUUGGAAUACAUGAAACAGUGCACCAAGUAUUUCUUUGACAACUCAAAAACUAGAUUUCUGUAA